UUUGCUCGGUUCGUCGACGACAACCUCCAUCUUCACAUUCCGUCCUCUCUCCCUCUCCCUCUCCCUCUUCCUCCUCACUCCCCACCCCCCUACUCCCUCUCUCGUCAUCCGCCACACGCCGCCACCGUCUCCGGGCAGGCAGGAAGCAAAGCGGUAAGAUGAUGAUGACGCGGGCCCCGAUGGGACCGAUGGAGGGCGCGGCGGUGGACGAGGUGGUGCGCCGUCUCGUGGAGGGCGGCCGCGGCGGCCGCCAGGUGCAGCUGUCAGAGGCGGAGAUCCGGCAGCUCUGCGUAGACGGAAAGCGGGUGCUCCUUUCCCAGCCCAACCUCCUCCGAAUUCACGCCCCCGUCAAGAUCUGCGGUGAUAUCCAUGGCCAGUUUGUUGAUCUUCUGAGGUUGUUCGAUUUGGGUGGUUAUCCUCCAGCUUCAACUUAUGUAUUCCUUGGAGACUAUGUCGAUAGAGGCAAACAGAGCUUGGAGACUAUAUGCCUGCUGCUGGCAUACAAAAUCAGGUAUCCCGAAAAAAUUUUCCUGUUGAGGGGGAACCAUGAGGAUGCGAAGAUCAACAGAGUCUAUGGUUUCUAUGACGAAUGUAAGAGGAGGUUCAAUGUUCGGCUGUGGAAGAUAUUCUCAGAUUGCUUCAACUGCCUGCCUAUUGCAGCGCUCAUUGAUGACAAGAUACUGUGCAUGCAUGGUGGUCUCUCACCAGAAUGGACUAGUUUGGAUCAGAUAAAGGAUAUUGAGAGGCCUGCUGAGAUUCCUGAUUAUGGUCUCUUGUGUGAUCUGCUUUGGUCUGAUCCUAGUCCUGAUGGAGAAGGGUGGGGGGAGAGUGACAGAGGUGUUUCGUGUACGUUUGGUGCAGAUAAGCUCGUAGAGUUUUUGGAGAAGAACGAUCUCGACCUUAUAUGCCGAGCUCAUCAGGUAGUUGAAGAUGGUUAUGAGUUUUUUGCACAACGAAGAUUAGUGACAAUCUUUUCAGCUCCAAAUUACUGUGGAGAGUUCGAUAACGCCGGUGCUCUGUUGAGCAUAGAUGAGAGCCUAAUGUGUUCAUUUCAGAUUCUGAAGCCAACUGAUAUGGGUCCACCACAUGCAAGAAAACAAAUUCCAAAUAAGCCAGCAAGAGGGUGAAGCCUUCGACCAGCAUCCAAUACUUUCAGCAUCAUGAUCGUCAGUCAGCUCAAAGGGGGUGAUCUGUUGUUUGGAUAGUUGGAUCCACCAGGACAUGGCAUUAGACUCAGCGUCUUGGUUGGCGGCUUGGCUGUAAAGGAUAUUCUGUACAGCAUUAGGUUGGAUUCAGCGCACCAUCUGUUCUAUUGUUCUUCCUGCCGGCACAGUACCUCAUUGGCAGCUUGACAUCCAGUAGAUGUUAGUAGUCUCUAUUUGUUUUUUCUUAGCUGUGUCAUGCAUUGUUUUUUGAGCGUAACUUGAUGUAUGGUGAUUUUUGUAAUCUUUGUAAUAUGUAAAUGCUGCAGGAAAUAGGUCUGCACAAAUUCUGUCCAUCAGCAGUACCAUUCUUUUCUUUUUUUGACUUCCAGUUCUUUUGUGGAUCUGAAAGAUGUGUGAAGCUGUUAUCUAAAGUCUUAAAA